CACACUGGUCGUCGUUUCGUUGUCUUGUGGAAAAGUUGGGUGUCGGUGAUACUUUUCGAUUUAAUACAUUUCGCGCUGAUUAAUUGCUUCUUCUGAUCUGACACAACCACUACGAAUCACAGUUAACACGGGUGGUCGAAUGCCGAGCAUUCGCCCGAGAAAUUCAAAAGACUGAAAGCCCCAAAUAGAAACUAAAAUCGCUGCACCUGCACAGACGUGUAACGGAGUUGUCUGUGUGCAUCGCGAUUUCUAAUCACUCGCAAGACUUUCUUCCACGAAAAGUGAUCACAAGAAAAUAGUCCACAGGUCCAGCCAUUAGAAUUGUGCCACUUUUUACUCUCAAAAUACGCCGUCCAGUUCCGUAAGCCAGGCAGCAAAUAGAAUUAAAUAACAGGGACAAGAGAAUUAGAAAGAGAUAGAGAGAAAAGUGGGGCACCUGGCGAGGGGCAGGGCGCAUUUUCAGAGUUUCGCUUUUAUUCUGGACAACGACGACGACAAGACCGAAUAACAAUACAAAACCAUGAAUGGACAGCCGCCCAAAGCGGGUUCAUCCAAUGUGGAUCUGUACAUCACUCACCUGGAUCACGUGGGCCCGUACCUGAAGGUCUACGGCCAGGUGAACAGAGACGCCGCCAUCCUGGUCAGCAAGCGCAUUGAGCAGGUGCUGCCCACAUGCUUUGCAAUCGAGCCUAGCUGGUCCGUGGAGCGCCAGCAGGCCCUUCUCACGCCCGGCACCUUUUGCGUUUUCAAGAAGAUUAAUGGUCCGGCUCCCGGCGAUGUGGAGUACAUGAGGACUCGAGUGGUCGCCGCGGAGUUGGAGGGUCAGCGCACGGAGAUCGACUUUCUGGACUUUGGCUUUAAGCGCACUGUGAAUAAUAAUGAUUUAAUGUUCCCCAAGCAGCCGAAACUGCUGCAGAACAUUCCCCUGCUCUGCUCCCAGUACAUUGUGCUGGGCAUCUGCGCCGAGUGGGACAAGUCCGAUCUGGAGCUGGUUCACAAGCUGAUCGUUAACCAGACCGUUAAACUUGCCAUUGAUCCCGUACAGAUCUGUGGCCAAAAGUUCGCUAAUCUGCGAUGGAAAGAUUUCGAGCUCAGUGAGUUCUUGGUGCAGCAGAGGCAAAUCGGAGCACCGAUGGCGAAACAACUUAUGCUGGAUCAUUGCAAGAAGCUGUGGAAGGAUGCUCCGCAGUCGCCGCCGGUCAGCGAGUACAAUAACAAUAGCAUUCACACCGCAAAGACGCCCACGGAAAUCGCUCGUGAACAGCUGGCGGUUCGACGUUCCCUGGCCGCUCGCCUGGAUGCACAGCGUUCGGUCCCGGUAACGCCACCAAGGUCGCUAAACGCCAAUGCACCCGACUAUACGCCCAAACAGCUGCCGCUGGCCAAUGUGACAAAUGUACAGGUGCCAUUGCAAGGCCUGGCCAAUACUCAGAAACCGGCCUUUGUGCCGGCCAAUCAAUAUAAUCGUGCCAACUAUCAGCCCGCCGAGCCGGCUGCUCAACCAUAUGUGCCCAAAGCGACUCCCCGUUCGCUUUACACCUACUAUAAUGUUCGCAUGAACAAACCUUUGUCGGCCAUGCCGCCGCCCGCCCUAAAUGUGCCCUUCCAGCAGCCUUAUAACCAAUCUGUAAAUUACGUGCCUCUGAGCUAUGCCCCAGCACGGUUCACUCCUCCGCCCACGCCGUCUUUGGCGCAGCGAGCUCAACAGCGUACAAUUCCGGCCUUCAGAACCUCCAGCUUAACGGUGGGCCUUACAUACGACGUGGAUAUCAGCUAUGUGGAGAAUGGUCCGUAUCUGUUCUGGGUGCACUUAAAGAGCAGCGGCAAUGAUCUGAGUGCCAUGAUGGGUCAGAUUGAGAGGACGAAUCUGAAGGCGCUCACCCAAGCUCCUGAGCUCGGGACCGCAUGUGUGGCCCGCUUCUCGGAAGAUGGUCACCUGUAUCGAGCAUUGGUUAGUGCUAUUUACGCCCAGCGAUACCGGGUUGUCUAUGUCGACUAUGGAAACUCGGAGCUGCUAUCGGCCAGCGAUCUCUUUCAAAUACCCCCGGAGCUCUUGGAGAUCAAGCCUUUCGCCUUCCGCUUUGCUUUAGCCGGUACCAAGGAGAUCGAGCCCAUUGACGAGAGCAUGAAGCGGAUUUUCAAGAAAUCGGCAAUCUACAUGAACUUCGAAUUGACAGUGCAGGCGCCGGAGAGCGUGGGCUCCAUGCAAACAUGUCAUCUCAACCAAAAUGGAACCAAUAUGUUGGAGCUACUUAGGCAGCUGAAAAACUCGCGCCAAUCGUAUGCCAAAGCAGAACAAUUGCAGAACGACGACGCCGUAGAAAUCCGCUACAUCGAUUCACCCAGCAACUUUUAUGUGCAGAAGGUAGCCAACAUUGGAAAGUUCGAGCAGCUGAUGGAUGAGAUGUUUUCCUACUACAAUGCUAACCAGAAAGUGCCCGAUCAGUUGAUCCUGGGCGCACCGUGCAUUGUCAAAUACGAUCAAGAAUGGUAUCGAGCAGAGAUUUUGCGCGUCGAUGACUCUGUGAUUGUGCGGCACGUAGAUUUUGGAUACGAACAGAACGUAAAGCGCCACCUUAUCGGCCACAUUGCCGAAAAGCAUUUACAAAUGCCCCGCCAGGCAAUCAAAUGUUGCCUGAAGGGCUUCGAAAACAGCGAACUGGGUCAGGAAAAAAUCACAGAUCAGUUUGAGAUGUUGGCUGAAGAAUCAAACAUCCGUCGUCGCACAUUUAGUGUUCGUGUUUUUCGAAUAGAACCCGAUGGACUGAAUGUUGUCAACUUGCUGGCCAAGAACCUAAAUGUAAUGAAGAAACUCUACAAACUGUCCAUACCCUUCGAGCAGUAUCUGUCGCUGGAAAAGGGUCAGUUCAAUGCCAACAACACGCAUGCUGAUUCUGUGAUCUCUUCUGAAAUGGAUAAGAACGUGAUUCUAAAUUCUACCAGCAUUGUGGAGAGCGAGGACCGCCUGCAACUGAAGGACAAGCAGCAGCAACAACAAAAGGAGCCUCUGCAGAAGCAACUAGUUGUUGAAAUUCCGCAGCAAGGAAAAUCAGGGGCCGGUAGCAAAAGCUCCGGAGAUUGGGACAAACGUAGUUCCACUUCAGCAGGUUCGAAGGACAGCAAGCGUCAGCAGCAGCAGCAGCACGGUCAACGAAUCGAUCGUCACUUGGACUCUAGCUUUGAGACCCAGAGCACCGGCAGCUACACCAGUGGCUUGAGUUCUCCACGCAAGGGCAACCGCCAACAAAACGGCCGCACGCCGAAUCAGUCACCACGUCAUAAUGGAAAGCAAGAGGCGAUUAAGAAUACACGCUUCAGCAACAAUGAAUCACCUCGCAAGAAUCAAGAUGGUCAACAAAGGAAUCAACGAUCGCAAAAUGCACCACAGGGGUAUGCCCAAAAGCCGCUGCGCCAAAAGUCCACGCUAGACGGAACCGUCUGUUCGAAGCGUUCCAGCGGAGUAGACAGCGAUGUUGCUUCGUCCACAACCGAAUCAGUGACAGCCACCAAACCAGAGAAGUAUGUUUCCCUGGACAAGCCUUACUUGCUGCAGGACAUUAAAACACCGGGCAAAGAGGCGGCGAGUCUAUCUUGGUGGGUCUCUCCGUUCCAGUUUUACGUAGUGCUAAAGUCGGCAUCUAACAAGUACGAUAAUGUCCUGCGUGAUAUGCGACAGUUCUAUCGCCAAAAGCAACAUCAGCCACUGCAGCUAAAGGUUGGAUCAACCGUCGUGGUGCGUCAACGGAAAGACAAUGCUAUCCUGCGAGCUACUGUGACCGCUUGCAAUCACAUGAUCCGCAAGUAUCGUGUCUUUUGCGUGGACACGGGCAGCUUGAUUACCGUCACUUCGGAGGAUGUUUGGCAACUGGAGCAGCGCUUUGCGGAGCCACCCUGCAUGGCCUACCGAUGCAGUUUUCACAGCGUCGUGACCAACUAUGAUCCUCUGUACAUUGUGGAUCGCAUGGAAAAGUUCGUUCCAGUCAAUGCCAAAGUGGACUGCGAGUUUUUGUCUAAGGAAAAGAAUAACAACGGCUCAAAUAACAAUAGCAGUUGCUCAUACACAGUCAACAUGUUUGUUAACGGCGUUUCGCUGCGCGACACAUUGAUAAAGGCCGAAUUCCUAACUGAAGUGGCUCCAGAGAUCCGCGUUAGUCUUCUGGCAGGUCAGCAGAUAAGAGGCAAAUUCACUUCCAUUCAAAACAUGACGAGCUUCAAGGUGGAGUUUGAUUACUGCAGCAAUGUGAACUUCUUGUGCAGCUACGACGAUGCUAAAUUUGUUAAGUCCAAUCCCGAUUUGACCAGGCGAUUUAAGGAGUUCUAUGAGGGCAAGUCGUUUGCCUUUAAUGUAAAAAACGUCUGCGAAAACAAUAUCAUUCAUCUGAGACCUGUGAUGCCACUCUUCAAGGAUGAUCGCAAGGCAUUCAUUUGCCCCUAUCCCGUGGUGCUAAGCUCAUUCCAGGCACUCGUGGUGUUUACCGCCAAACCUUACCGCGUAUUUGUCCAGCCGCAGUCAAUCAUAACUGCCAUGCAAAGUCUAUUGGAUAACAUGUACGAGCAUUAUAAGGCCAAGGGUGACUCCCUAAAGAAAUACGAAGCAGGCCAGAUCUGUGCAGUUCAUAGUUCCGAUGACAACUGGUACAGAGCCAGGAUCACUGGAAAGGACAUCAAUGCUGCUCGCACCGAAGUGUUUUACAUUGAUUACGGCAACACGGAGGAAGUAAAGCGUGACGAUAUUAAGGCAUUGGAUGAAAAAUUCUUUGAGCACUCUAGCGGAUUUGCGGUAGAGAUCAAUUUGCCGGUUGGCCGCCCGAGCAACGAAGCGAAGCUGCAGGCGCGGCUGGCUGAGAUUCUUGAGGAGAAGGUGGUCACAGUUAAAUCGAUUGAGGUGCGUCGCAAUCACCUUAUUGCCGAUGUCAUAAUGGAUGACAACAAGAGUGUGAUAGAGCUAUUAAAGGCUGAAAAACUGAUACCCGGUCAGGAUCUGGAUUAUAUGCGCAAGCAAAUGGAAAAGGGUAAAUCGCGCACCUACGAGUACAUUGAAACCGUGGAUCUGACCCUAGACGACGAGGAGGAAAAAAUACGUAGGGAACCCGUCAACAACAGCAAGUCGAACUCGGCCAGUGCCUCACCCAAGAAAAAGCAGAAUGACAAAGAACGUGAGCCAAAGAAGAAGUCAGCGGAGCCAGCUCCAUCACCGGCCCCUUCACCAGUUCCAUUGAAAGCUCCUACGCCAGUUCCUACAGAGCCAACACCAGUGCCAAAACCAGCCACUCCAGUGCCUGUGGAAGAACCAAAAGUCGUGUCCGUUGUUCAAGAGGUUGCUCUUGAGCCAGAAAAACCUGCUCCUCCAAAGGAAGAUCCUUACAAGGAUAUGGACAAGUUCGUGCUGAGCCAUUGUGAUAAUCCGGCUCACUUCUUUGUACAUCGGAUCAAAGAGCUUGAAAAACUGAAACGCCUGCAGGAAAACCUCCAGAUUGUUUCUCCCUCGUUGCCUCAAUUGAUGAACGUGGUCAAUGGAGCCGAUUGUAUUUCGCUGUACUCGGUAGACAAACUCUGGUAUCGCGCCAAGAUCAUCGAUGCUGAGCUGAUGGUGCUGCUGUUCAUUGAUUAUGGCAACACUGAUUGCGUGUCGGAUACCACUGACAUCAAGGAGAGCAUGUGGUCGCACAUCGAGCCAUUUUGUUUGCCCUGUGCUCUGCCCAUUUGCCCCAAAAGCACCGCUGAUUGGGUGGAUGCAGCGAAUGGUAUCUUCAACGAGUCAUACACGAAAGUCCUGCACUUCGAGUACCUUACAGAAGGCGAUCAUCAGACGACCAGUUAUGUGAACGUGUCUAUUGAAGGCGAGGAUGUGGCUAAGAAAUUGAUUGCCGAUGGCUUUGCUAAGCCCUUGGAGUACGUUGCCAGUGGAUGUAGCUGCUACAUUUCACAUGUGAACGGAAUAUGCGACUUCUUCAUUCAGCUUGAAAGGGAUUCGAAAGCACUGGAGCUCAUUGAGAUGUAUUUGCGCGACGAGGAGAAACUUAAGCCGUUGGAGAAGUUCGAAAAGGGUUCCAUUGUGGCGGCUCUCUUUGAGGACGACGAGCUGUGGUAUAGGGCCCAGUUGCUAAAGCAGUUGCCCGACUCCCGAUACGAAGUACUCUUCAUUGACUACGGCAAUACCUCAACCACAUCAAAGUGCCUGCAGCUUUCAGAGGAGAUUGCAAGUCUUCCCAGCUUGUCCAAGAAAUGCACUUUGCAGUUACCGGAGGCUUACACUUCUUGGUCUCCAGAGGCGGAGGCUAAAUUCGCCGAGCUUACGGGCGAGGGUGAACUGGUUUUCACCACACAGCUUUUAAAGCCAGGACAGGAUCAUAUCACCAUCGAUCUCCUUUUGGACGGAGAAAAUAUCAUUGAGCGACUGCUGCCGUUGUGCAAGCAAAAGGAUCAAAAGGCGGCCAGCAAGGAGUCACUGACGGUCACCACCAAAGCCAUCAUCACACACGUAGAAAAUACCUCCCACAUGUACCUACAGUUCAGCGAGAAGGAUUCGCUGAUGGAUAUUAUUUGCGAAAAGCUAAAUGGAGUGAAGUUGCAGCCGAAGAACGAAAAGGGAAAGGUGGAUGAGGCGUGCGUGAUUCAAUUUUCCAAAGACAAGGAGUUCUAUCGUGCACGCAUUCUAGAAGUCCUCGACGAGGACCAAUACAAGGUUAUUAUGGUUGAUUAUGGCAGCAUUACAAUUGCGGAUAAGCUGUACGAGAUGCCUCAGGAGUUUACGCUGAUCGACCCCGUAGCUGAGAUCUGUAGUCUGGAAUCCUGUGCUGCAUUUGAAAAGAACAAGGCUAUGGCCCUUUCCUCACUCGAUGCACUGCUGGACAGCUGCAAUGGUAAUGUGGCGGUGGAGUUUGUGGACAAGUCAGCCAAUCCGCCGGUGGUCAGAUGUACAACCAAGGAUAAGAAGAGCGUGAACAUCUAUGAGCACCUUCAGAAGCUGAUUGAAGCCGAGUUGAAAGUAAUCCAGAAGAAAAACGAGAACUCGGAGUGUGUCAUCUCGCACGGAAGCUCACCGAAGAGUUUCUAUGUGCAACUAAAGCACAAUUCAGCGGAUUUGGAUUUGAUUGUAAAGACACUGCAGUUCCUCAAGAAGGAACAGCUGAAAUUGUUGAACGCACCAAGCAAGGAAUCCCUUGGUGUUUGCUACUCCCAGGAGGAUGCCUGUUACUAUCGCUGCAGCAUUAAGUCUGUGUUGGAGGAAAACAAGGGCUUUGAAGUCUUCUUGCUGGAUUAUGGAAACACCUUGACUGUUUCGGAGCUUUGGAAGUUACCCAAGGAGAUAGAACUGAUUUCGCCGCUGGCCCUGCAUUGUCAGCUGACUGAAAUUCCACAAGAUGUGACUGAUGAAAAGCUGGAGGAGGCCUUUGCCGCUCUGCUGGAGCAGCACUUCGGGGAGGUAUACGAAAUAACUACUAAGCCGAAUGAGGAUGAGACUAAACCCCUUUCUGCUCAACUCCGAAUCAACUAUAAGGACUUUGCCCAGGAGCUGGCCAGCACAGUGGCCGGGGUUCAAAAACCCCUUGAAGCGGAGCUGCAUAAUUGCAUCGUGGUGCAGUACGAUGACCCGAAAUCCUUCUACGUGCAAAUGGAAAGCGAUGUCGCGGCGCUGGAGAAGAUGACUGAUAAACUCCUGGACGCAGAGCAAGAUUUGCCCGUUUUCUCUGACAUCAAAGAGGGCGCACUGUGCGUUGCCCAAUUUCCGGAGGACGAGGUCUUCUAUCGUGCCAGGAUUGUUAAGGUCCUGGACGAAGGCAAGUGCGAGGUGCAUUUCAUUGACUUUGGCAACAAUGCGGUGACCCAGCAGUUCCGCCAGCUGCCCGAGGAGUUGGCCCAAGCGGAGCGGUAUAGCAAGCACUGUGAACUGGAGGCGGCCACCAUAGCCAAGUGCGAUGUGGCACUGCUGCAAACGUUUAUUGACUCGCGCUUCUCCGAGACAUUCCAGGUGGAGAUUCUGGCCACCAAGGGAGCUGACACCCAUGUCGUGCGGCUCUUCUACCAGAGCAAGAACAUCAGCGAGCAGCUGCGCCUGCAGGAAAAGUAAAAGUAGUGAGCACACUACUGGUGGGCAUUGACCGAUUGGACGGAUUGCAAUUCAUAUAAGCUCCAUGCAGGAGAUUGUGAUUAGUUUGGCUAAAACUGGCGUUGUAUUAUCUAUUUAGUUGAACGAGUUAAACUUAUUCAAACGGGGGAGGAAACCUCACGAUUUUGAUUAGCCAAGAUGCUUCAUUGAUUUUUCAUGGAAAACCAAAAUGAAUGCUAAUUUUAAUAUUAACUAUUGAAUCAAUACAUAAAACACAAGAACAUUAUCACCAAAAACAACAUAAAACGAAGAAAAUCGAACAAAAAAAAAAAACGAAAAAACAUUUAGAAAAUGUAUAAAAACAAACGAAAAAUAUUUUGAAAAAAUUACAAAAAAAAUGAAAUCUAGAUAAAAUGGGCACUAACCAAUAGUGUUAGUUGCUGUAAAGGCGAAGGACGAUUUAUAUAAUUGCUCAACCUUGUUUGAAACAAUUUUACAUUAUCAACGAACGUUGGCGAAUUGAAGAGAAAUGGAGAGAAUAUUGAACCUCCCGAAGCACUAUUUAUUUUUCCUUUAUAACUUAAUUUGUACUUUCUUUUCUCGAUUAACCAACUGAAGAGUCACUUAUUAUUCAUGUUUUUGAUUUUUGAUUUUUACUUUUCACUGUCUAAACAAACAAAAAACAUUGCAAAGAGAAGACUAAAAGAAACGUAAGAAAACUAAUGGAAUAUGGGUUUAUGUAUUAAAACCUUUAAUCACAAUGUCAUAUUUUUCUACAAUUUCUUUUUCAUGUUGUAAACAAAAUAUUAAAAACAAACCAAUAAAUACGAUGAAAAGUAAAUCCA